AUGACCAGGAUAGUCACAUUAUCAGCGACGCUCUUAGUAGUAGCAGUUGCUAUAAACUAUUACCUUGCACUGACAUAUAUACUGCAUGGACGAAUACAGAAAGAGUCCACGUACACUUACAACCCCCUUGCAAAAGGACAACCAAAACUAGCGUCCAAUUCGUAUCUUCGAAAACAGUUUCCACCUCGAAAUUUAGAGCAGAUUGGAAAGGAAAAUGCUACUAUGAUUAUGCUUGUCCGAAAUGGCGAGCUCGAGGGAGCACUUUCCUCGAUGCGAUCUUUGGAAGAUAGGUUCAAUCGAGAGUACAAAUAUCCGUGGGUCUUUAUGAACGAUGUACCCUUCGACGAGGAAUUUAUUGAAAAGACAAGCCUUAUGGCAAGUGGUAAGACGUAUUAUGAGCUCGUUCCCGAGGAGCACUGGCACCCACCUUCAUACAUAAACAAGACCAAAUUGGAUGAAAACUUAAACACGUCAACUAGCGUACUUUACGGAUUUCUGAGAUCCUAUAGGAACAUGUGCCACUUUUAUUCUGGCUUCUUUUACAAGCAAGAGCGAUUAUUGAAUUAUGAAUGGUAUUUUAGAGUCGACCCUGACGUUGAGUAUAUGUGCGACUUCCAAUACGAUCCAUUUCAAUUACUACGAGAGAAUAAUAAAAUCUAUGGGUUUGUUAUUGCCCUUACGGAAUUCGAAAAUACCAUUCCAACGCUUUGGCAGAAUGUUGAAGCAUUUAUAGAAAAGUAUCCGGACCUACUCCAUUCCAACAAUGCCCUCGAUUUUUUAACAACGCACGAAACUUCAAUCACUCAUUACAUGCCUUUUACAGAAUCAACAACAAGAUACAACUUGUGCCAUUUCUGGUCAAAUUUUGAAAUUGCAAACCUAAACUUCUUCCGGAGUGAGGCGUAUGAGACGUAUUUUAGGCAUUUGAGUGAAGCUGGAGGGUUUCAUUACGAAAGAUGGGGCGACGCUCCUGUGCACACUAUCGGUUUAUCCCUUUUAGCUGACAAGAACCAAAUUUAUCAUUUCGAAGAUAUUGGGUAUUACCAUGUACCCUUUUUAGCAUGUCCUCAUUCAGAAGAUGUUAUUGCAUCAAAGAGAUGUAUAUGCAGGCCAAGAGAUGCAUUUGAAAAGAUGAAUCGUACUAUUGAUGUAAAUGCCCACAGUUGUUUAUCGCGAUGGUGGAAGUACGGUGCAGGGAAAUCGUUCUUGAACGAAGCUGAUUAUCGUAGGUGGUGA